AUGGCGGGCGCGGACGAACAAGACAAUGAGACAGCUUAUCAGACUCCAAACAAAGCAUCAGACUCCCGCGAAUCACGCGAUACGCACCAAAGACCAGGACUAAACCGCCAUGACUCGCGACUAUCUGCCAUCUUUGCUCCGAAAGGGUCCGGCAUCGGUGAAGCAAAAGCCUCCUCUCCGCCACAAAAGGUCGGGACCUCUUUGCCAAAAUUGACGAGGUAUCAAAGGAUCCAGCCGACUGCAGUCAAGAGCAAAGAGAACCAAGGCAUUCGAAACCCUGCUGGCAGUGAGAAGCCUACUAAGACGAAGUCGCGAAUGUUGAACGCCCUCAAAAAGCUCGAAGACACCUACGAAUACUCGUCCAUUGGGUCUAAACAGGUCCGCUUGCUUAUCGUCAAGCCAGGACAAGAAGAUGACGACAUCAACGCAAUCCUACAGGUCGUUGAUGAAGAUCAACUUGGGAACGAUGAUUAUUGCUACGAAGCUCUUUCGUAUCACUGGGGCGAAGGCGAUGAUUUGCACAGCAUCAUCAUCAACGACGAAUGGGCCACGGAGCCCAUAAAGGAUUUCACGGCCGCGGUACUCAGUGCUCAGAAGAAGCUUUAUGCAAAGCGUCAUUAUGUGCGACCAAAUCUGUAUAGUGCUCUGAAACGGCUGAGAGCACAGGAUAGGCAUGUGGCGUUGUGGGUAGAUGCACUCUGCAUCAACCAGGAAAACGAUGCUGAGAAGACGGUUCAGGUCAUGAAGAUGAAUCAGAUAUACCAGAAAGCAUACAGCGUCUGUAUCUGGCUAGGUCUGGACGAUCCGGACUUCCAUUCGAGUAAAGCGAUGACUUUUAUCAAAGAUGUGGUCGACCUGAACAAGCUGAACAAUCUCCUCACCGACGAUCGUUACAUCCCGCAGUGGGCAAGUCUAUUCCAACUGCUCAAGUGGAGCUGGUUCUCGCGACGUUGGGUCAUCCAGGAACUAGCACUAGCUCAGCAGGCUACCGUUCAUUGCGGUCAAUCUGAAGUUCAUUGGAACGAUUUCAGGGAUGCGAUCGGAAUUUUCCAUCGCUACUUCAAGUCACUGCAACCAAGGAUACAAAACCCUAGACUCGGCGGCAGUCCGAUAUCUGAUCUAGAACCUCUUGGAGCGAAACUACUUGUGGAGAUGACGAGUAACCUAUUUCGAACUAAAUCAAACGGCUCGUCUGAAUCGACCAUGAGCUUGGAAAAGCUGUACAUCCGAUCCGCGCGACACUAUCAACUGUUUGCGCAACCUUUCCAAGGAGCUUAA